AUGGUUGUCAACGGUGUAGCCGGUGGAACCAUAGGAAGGAAGAAAGCAACUGAAACUCUGGAACUGAUUGAUUACAUGGCACGGAACGAUAAUGCUUCGACGGAAGCUCAUCCAGUUCAGCCCACUCAACCCAAGAGGGGAAUUAUACAACUGGGGAACAAUGAUGCGUCACUAGCUGAGCAAAAGAUGAUCUCACAACAGCUAGCCAGUCUAAACACCAAGCUAGAUAGAAUGCAGAUCUCAUCUAAAGUUAAUGUAUUCAACUGUGAGUACUGCAAAGAGCCACAUGAGACUAAUGAGUGCCCUACAUUCAAUGAAGCUGAACCAUUCCAAGUCAAUGGAGUGUGGUAUGAUCCAAGGCCACCACAGGAUACCCAAAGUUACCAGAGAAAUCAGAAUGGAGGCCAGUUGUCUAGGCAGUUGGCUGAAAGAGCUCAAGGACAGUUCCCAGGAGAUACAAUUAUGAAUCCAAAGGCAGACUACAAGUCCAUUGUAACCAGGAGUAGGAUUGUGAUCACUCCUCAAGACAAGCCAAAAUUGGUUCAGCAUGAGAAAGUAGAAGAAGCACCUGCCAGUGAAAAAGAAGAACCUGCAAGGCAAGACAAAGAAGAAGCAAAGGAGAAAGCUGUUGAAGCUCCAAAGCAACCGAUGGAUUUUUCUCUAGGCAACACUAAUGUUGGUCGGGCACUAUGUGAUCUCGGAGCAAGCAUCAACUUGAUGCUAUUAUCAAUAUACAAGUCAUUGGGAAUUACUGAGUUGAAGCCAACCAUGGUCUCUCUACAGCUCGCUGACCGUUCUUUGAGGAGACCUAAUGGAAUCAUAGAAGAUGUUCUUGUUAAAGUUGACAAGUUCAUCUUCCUUGCUGAUUUCAUCGUGUUAGACAUGGAGGAAGAGAGUGAAAUGCCCCUUCUGUUGGGUAGACCGUUCUUGGCCUCAGCUCGAGCUAUGAUUGAUGUAGAACAAGGAAAGCUCGAGUUUAGGAUGAAUGAUUAG